CCUGUAUACUAGCUAGAGAAAACACGCGCUGCACUCUAUCCUGAAGCAUGUAGAGAUUUUUAACCUGCUCCAUACACCUGGAUUGAGUUCAACACUUACUUACUUACUUACUAGAACUUUGAAAACAAAUAAGUUUGGCAAAGAUGAUUUCUGCCUGCCUGGAGUUGCUCGGUCUGGGACUGUGCGUCAUCGGGACGCUUUUGGUGAUGGUGGCCUGCGGGUUACCCAUGUGGAAAGUGUCCGCGUACAUCGACGGCAACAUCGUGGUGGCGCAAAGCAUCUGGGACGGCCUGUGGAUGUCCUGCGUGGUCCAGAGCACGGGACAGAUGCAGUGCAAGUCGCACGACUCUGUCCUGGCCCUAACCACUGAUCUCCAGACAGCUCGGGCUCUGACGGUCAUCUCAGCGAUGAUGGGCGUCAUCGGGUUGAUAGUCACUAUCGCCGGCGCGCAAUGCACCAACUGCAUCACUACCGAGUCUAUAAAAGGCAAAGUGGUGAGUGCCGGAGGUGUGAUGUACAUCAUCUCAGGCCUCUUCGUGUUGGUGCCCUUGUGCUGGAUGGCCAAUAACAUCAUCUCAGAGUUUUACGAUCCUCAGGUGCCUUCGGCGAAGAAGAGAGAGAUUGGAGCUGCGCUUUACAUCGGAUGGGCCGCGUCCGGGAUGCUUCUGCUCGGUGGAGCCAUUCUGUGCUUUUCUCGUCCUCAUGAGGAGAAAGCUUCAUAUCCACUUAAGUACAUGCCGACAAAACCUUCAACGGUAAAUGGGGACAGUGAGAAGAAAUACUAUGUGUGAUGAUGAUCUCUAUACCCAUCAUUCAUGGACUUGUGGUUAUAUGUGCAUAUAUGGACUUCAAAACUGUUCAGUACAUGGAGAUGAACUUUUUUUGUAAAGCUUUACAAUAAGGUUCCGUUAGUUUAGUUAACAUAAACUAUAAUGAACAAUGCUGCCCUACAAAGCCAAUUGCGCAGUAACUACGCAUUUGGUCAAAAUUGAGUUUGGGGUUGAAAUAAGCUUUGUGAGAUCUGUUCUGUCUUGUGACAAAGUCUCAAAUUUGUCCCAUUUCAGAAAAAAACCUGUGUGCCAAAAUUGCAGUAACAUGUUUGUCUGGCUGGUGUAAAAUACUUUAAUUUUUCUCGAUUUCAGUGUUUGCGUAGUUACUGCACUUAGCCUUUGUAGGGCAGAAUACUUCUACAUAAUUCUCUUAAACAUUUUUUGUUUAUAGUUAAUGCACAGUGAACUAGCAGCAUUAACAAUAAACAGUUGCAAUGGUGCAUCAACAAAGAUAAUUAAAUGCUGUAUAAAUAUAAAUAAUAAAUGUUCAUUGUUCAUGUUAGCUAUUGCAUUAACUUUAAUGGAAUGUGGUUGUAAGGUCUUUUUUAUUUUUAUUCAAAGUUAUGCUUUUAGAUUCAAAUGCGCUAGGUGCUUUUCAUUUCUUUUGAAGGGUCAUGGUAAAAAUUUAUUUGAAAAGUGCAUAAAUCUCUGAAAUAAUAGGUUAUAAAAGUACAUCUUUUAAUAGUGAAAGAGUUAUAAAAGUUUUUUUCCCCAAAAGUCCCAUUUGUUUUCAAAAGAUCAGUAACAUGAAAACAGAUAAAAACAUUCAUAAAAUGUAUUAACAUUAUAUUUCUGUUACAAAUCCUUUAAAUGUACUGGUUUUUGUUACUGAUAUUAAAGUCAAUAGCCCUAAUCUCCCAAUCUUUGUGGUUUAAAGGGGGGUUGAAGGGAGGGUCUAUGUUUUGUUCUGAGGGGGCACUCAUUAAGGUCUGUUUGUUUCAAUAAGACACUUAUAAUGCCUAUUGUUUUACUAAAACUUGAGAAACAGAUUAAUGUUCGAUGAACUAAACCUCCCAAUUGUACGUUAUUUUAUGAAAAUAAGCUUUAAGAUUUCUUUCAUUUUAUUAAAGUGUUAUGCAUAUAUAAGUGAAUGAUGUACGUUUUUGGUUACACUUUUAUAAUAAAAAAUGACAAACGAU